AUGAAACUUCGCUUGGAGCAUUAUAUUUAUGACUUUAACAAUAGAGGUUUAUCAUAUGAAACAGCAGAGGCAAUCGCAGAUAUUGAAUCAACAAUUUUAUCACUAUCGUCUCAAGAUCUGACUAAAUCUAAUUCUCUAUGUUUAUCCCUAGCUGCAUCUCAAAGUAGCACUGUACUUCUUUCUCAAAAAGAUGAUAACCAAUUAUUUAAGCUAACCGAUUAG